GUAACAUCAUGGACCGGCCUCCGGAUGAUGAAGCCGAUGAGCUCGUGAAAGACCAAAGUCCCUGAAACACAGGCGCAGCUUUCUCUCCAAUUUCCAUGCCAGACUGGCGAGACACAAAGAGUUCUUCGUAUUCGCGCGCCGUCCCAAUUGUAUCUGUCGCACCUGCAUGCAAGCAUAUACGCGUUCGACCAUUGCUCGCGUACUCAGGUGCUUCUCCGCAUUGCACCCUUCAACUCGGUUCCCAUCAGAUCAUGUACGCGGAUUAUCUCACUGUCGCUUGAAAACAUAGCACACUUUUCACCUUGGCUCGUCAGCUCUUCAUGAUUGACACAUUCACCGCAACGAAAUAAAACAAUCAAUUGAUACCAAGACUGGAGCUAGGACUGGAUCCAUAGAGCUCUCAGUCUAACCGGAUCCCCUGGCGCUGCCCUCUCCUUGAGCUAUCCAUCAACAAUGCCUACCUGGCUUGUUCAUGGCUUCCGAUGGCCGCGCAUAAGGAUCCUGUAUAGGACCCUCCUGGAGAAUCUGGACGAUUGCUCGCCGAGCUACAUAAUGACACCAGCUGUGAGCGCCCUAUAUCUUGAGAACUUCACCAAAACAUAUCCAGAGAUUAUGGCGAAGCUCCCGUCAUUACGACUUCUUGAACAGUACGACCCUGAAGAUCUGGUCACAAAAGAACAACCGUAUGCAUAUGUAUGCGACCAGGUUCAUGAAGUCAAGCUAAGCGUGGAUAUUGAGGAGAUAAGAGGACACGGAGUAACAGAUGAAGCUUGGACUGCUUUAAUGGAUCUUAGAGAUCAGAUCGCAGUAGGCCAAGACAUAGGGUGGUUUGUUGUUAUCAAUGGGGAUCCAGAAAGGUGGGCACCUCCGCUCGAAACAGAUGAAGAGGAAGAUUCAGAAGAAGAGGAAGACGACGACGAAAGAGAAGAGGAGGGGGAGGAUGCGGAUAGGGAAAGAUCUCAGCCAAGCGGAAUCAAUCGAAGUAGUAUUACAAGUAAAAUCGAUGAAAGCGCUGGUCAACAGAACCCCAGAAAGCCGAGAGGCUUUAGGAAGUGGUUUACUAGAUCCAAAAGAUCACUGAAUUCGAGAGGAGGAGAUACGUCAGCUGCUCCUCCGAUACCUACUACUGCUUCUUCGCAAUGAAUGGGGAAAAUCGCCAGACGCUCAUAAGGAUAUAUAAAUUACUCCUUCCAGAUAGGCCCUCUGAACCCUAAGGACUACGUGUAUAGCCGUGGCGAAAAUCUACUUGAGGGAGCCAUGGAGCAUUAAUGCGUCCAUAUAAUGGUAGUGUUGACAAAGAGAGGGGAGGGCUUGUACAGGAUAUUGAAACCCUAGUCUUAACGACAAGCUAAUAAUUGAAAUUCUACACUUAAU